UGGGUAGGUAAGUAAGCAAGUAGGUGGACAAGUAGUUCGGUGUGGAUUGAAAGUUAGGUGGGAGAGAGCAUAGAGGGUAGCGAGCAGCGAACGAAUCGGAGGGAAUGUAGUGUGGUGGGUAGUGGGAGAGUGCCGGUCGGUCGAAUUGUGAAUACGCGGUGCCGCUCUCGGUUCUCGGCACACUCGGCACUUCAGUUCAGUCGCAUCGAGCUACUCGUGGAAAGCGUGUCGCGUAGUGCAUGCAUGCAUGCUUGCGUGCGGUUAAACGUGCGUACAUGUGUGUGCUUAUUAUUGUGGUGUACCCGGAGUGGUCGCGUGUGUAUGUGUGCGGGCCGUAACACGUUGUUGCGCGAUCUCGACAGUGGAUGUCGUGAUUACUAUAGCCAUCGUCUCGUCUGUCCGUCCAUCGCGCGAUCACACCAAAUGCACGUCUCGCGCGUCUCGAGAUCUCGCAGUAACACCCGUGAUUGUUGCCGUGCCGUUUGAUAGCGCGCGGCCGAUUCGAAGAACCAAGAGGAAAGGGGAAGCCACCGCGUCUCGUUCCGCGGUUGAUGACUCUUCGAACGAUCACAUCGUACCAAAUACGCGACGACGACGACGACAACGACGACGACCACGAACGAGGAGAAGGAGAAAUUGAAUUGUCUCGUUGCUCGUGCUUCGUCUCCUUUCCUCUCUUCUUUUCACGCUCUUAAGCACGAUUUACGGAACUUACCACCAGCCCCUGUACGCCACUGUGUUUCCGCUCAGUUUCUCUUUCUUUCGCUUUCUUCCCUCUUUUUCACCGAUUUGUUCUGCCGAUUUGGCCAUUUUGUCAAAAUGAAAAUAAUUCAGAGGCAUCGUCGUGCGAUUCUGGCACCUGUGUCGAUCGUGAUAUUAUUAUGCGGUUGCACCGAUCUCGUGUCAUCUCGAUCACGGUAUUUCGGUGAAAUGUCAAAAAACGAUACCGACUUCGCGUCUACCGAUUGUGAGCGUGUAAGGCCCUUCUUCGAGAGCAAGAAUAUCACACUCGUGAUUAUGAAGGAACCUGCAACGGAGAAUAGUGCGAAAACAACUUGUGAUGGCAUGUGCUGCAACCGGGAGACUGAGGAACAGUUAAGACAUCAAGCCAGGGCAGAUUUUCAUGACUUGAUCCAUCACCACAGCAGAAGUUUGCAAGGUCUUCUGGCAAUAACGGCGGAUGCACUAAGGGAAACGGUGACGAUGUUGGCGAGACAGUCGGAGAACAAAACCUUAACCUUGUUCGAUCAAGUGUAUCGCACGAUGGCGGUGUUGAGCAGGCCCUCGAUAAAAGCGUUGUACCAGGCGAUGGUCGAUUACGUGUCACCGAGUAACACGCCGGACACCUUGCAGCAACCGCUGACCCGCGAUAUGCUUCAGGAACGGUUCAUCGAAUUCUUCACCAAACUAUUCCCCAUCGCGUAUCACAACGCGGUGAAUCCUCACCAAUACGAGCAAGAUUUCACAGAAAAAUUCAAGACCUGUCUGUAUGAGACUAUGGAUGAAAUUCAACCGUUCGGAGACAUACCGAAACAGGUGGCGAAAUCGGUGAGCAAAAGCUUGGAAGCGACGCGGGUGCUCGUGCAGGCGUUGACUCUUGGCAAAACGGUCUUGGAUAGAACCGACAGCGUGCUGUUUUCCGGUACCAGUCCUCAGCAGGAAGCCUGCUACGGUGCACUGCUCAGGAUGACCUAUUGUCCCAGGUGCCAGAGCAUUGGUCCCUCUGUCAGGCCCUGCAGCGGAUUCUGCACUAAUGUCAUGAGAGGUUGUCUGACAGAGCCAGCAUCUGAACUGGACCUCGCAUGGUCCGGGUACGUGGAAACGGUGGAGAGGCUCGUUGUAGCGGUCGACGGUCGUAUGGAUCCGUUGGGUCUGAAUGCCGAGAGGGCUGUCAGACAAUUGGACACCCGCAUUUCGGACGCCAUUAUGCACGCGAUGGAGAACGGACCUGCACUCGAGGAGAAGGUGAGAAAAGUGUGCGGCCGUUCGGAACUACAGCCAUCGAAUCAAGGGACCGUUACGGAUGCAGCUGCAACUGAGAAGUCGACGUCAACCGGGCUGGAGAUGCACGCAGCUGCGCCGACUACCACGCAUCGAACAUUACCGACGCAGUUGCACACGCAGCUGGGUAAUUUCUUGGCCAGUGUCGUCAGGUCUCGGACCUUCUAUGGCACUCUGGCCGACACGAUCUGCGAAGAGUAUCCGGACAAACGAUGUUGGAAUGGCGAACGCAUCGGAGAAUACACAAAGACGGUAGCGGAUUCGAGUUUGAUGGCGCAGAGGUACAAUCCUGAGUUCACCAUAACGACAAUGUCGCCGACAACAACUUCCUACGGCAACGCGAACACCAGCGUGCUCAUUGACCAAUUGAGGCACAUUAAUCAGAUCUUGCAGUCUCAGUUGGCGUCGGCACCGGAUAGUGGAAUGCUGCUCGCCGACGAAGCUCUGGAUGGUUCAGGAAGCGGUGACAGGCCAAUAUGGAGGAAGAAAGGCAGAGGAGAAGAUGCCGAUAACGAUGAUGAAGAUGAACAUGGUGGUUAUGGUCACGAAGAUGAAGAGGCAUCUGGAUCAGGAAUGGGCCCUAGUACACCAGAUCCAAUGUUGAAGACGAAUCGUGAGAAUCCAACCACGGCAGGGGCAUCAAGCAUUCUCCUGUCAUCCGUGACAAUGGCGAUCGCCUGCGCAUUGCUGAUCGCUUAAGUUGAAUGGAAGCCGGCGUGAAAGAAGGGGACGACGUUUCGACGACCUAGACAUGGAUGUAGACAAACGAUUUUGGUGCCCGCGUCGGCGAACAGGAUGAUCCUGCUCGACACGAGGGAUCGAUCUAAUUCCGGAACUUACGAAUCUGCUUUAUAGAUAUUUAUCGUGCCGCCUAAACGGAACAGCUGAGAGGAAUGUCCGGAAACAACGGAGAAUCUGUUUUAUUGUUCGUGGCUGAGAAUCGAUGUGCGUCGAUCGAUCGAACGAAGACUGUGUUUCGUAUUCGAAGUUCGAGAGCAAGGUUCUGAAAAUCGUUCCCGUUCGAAUAAUCAUUCUGGGCUCGUUGGCCGACGCGAUUGAAUAUUCGACGAGUGUCGAUACAAAGCUGAAUAGACAUUUUUCCGGAAGAUCGUUCCACGCAUGGAAAUCGUCGUAGGCUAGGAUAGGAUCUGAUUAUCUGAUGUCGAAUGGCCGGAAACAAAAGUGUAAGAAAAGAGUUGGACUCUUGGUCGAGUAUCUGCUAGCGGAAAUCACCAGCAAUGGCGUGUCCUGCCUUUAACGAUUUGCCAAGAAUCGAGCCACGGAACCGUAUGGUUGGUACGAGGAUCGAGAGAAUACUUGAACGAUUGGAAAUGGUGCACUGAGCAUGGAAGAACAACGAGAAAACCGAUUCUCAUCUGUCGCGUGUCAUGUUGCUCGCAAACGACCACGGAAAGAAUUAUAUUUAACGAGGUGAAACUGUGUCGGAAAGAAUUAAGAAGCCGAGUUAGCCGAGUUGCUUGUGUAAGAAAAGAGCGUUGAGAGAAUAGUCAAGCGAGACAGAAGGUCAAAAGCAACGUGCAUGUAAAAAUGGUCCCUUCCUGUUUUACAGGAACAUAAUAACAAGCACGACGGUCAUCCGGCGAAACUGACUGCACUGCGAUUUCACGAAACGAUGGAAGGUUGCUUCUCUGUGCAGCGCAUAUUCUUUUUGUCGAGGAAUUGGAAUAUUGAAGGGGAAAAGAGAGACCUAUUUGUACGAAAUUAGAGCCAGACGAAAAAAUUCCAGCAGUAAUCUUUGCAGAAUAUCGCGUUACAUCUGCGAGAAAUCAGAUUUGAUAAUAACGCAAAGCGACGAAUGGUGAAAAAGAACAAUGCCGCGCUUUCGGACGAAUGGAGAGUAAAAAGUUUUGUCAUUUAUUUAUGCUAUUAAAAGUGAUUCAUAGGAAAUUGCUGUAUUUAAAAAUCUACAGGAAACGUUCUGUACAGUGAAAUAAGGCAAACACCGUGUAAACAGACAGACACGACUUAUUCUGACGAUUCUCAUGCAUUCGAAUUGUUGUACAAAAUGCGCGAUUCGUCGUUCAAAAAGUUAUUCGUAUUUAUUCACCUACGUAUACAUAUACGCUACGCUUUGGAAAUGUUCUUUUUCACCGGAAGAUCGAACGAGACGAACGCGGAAAUAACGAGCAAGCUACAAUCACAAGCAAUAAUCGUCGUCGUUGAUACUUCACUUUGCUGUGAAUACUUUCCGAACAACGAGGAAUCGCCGUUAGGCAAAAUGUACGGCGUUUGUGUCGCACGGGGGAAAAUCAAAAGUGUCUUUCCUUUUUGAAAAUAUCAGACGACAGUUGUAGCAGCAUCAACAGCAGUAGCAGCGGUUCCGGCUUUUAAACGAUCCGACCAAGUCACAGAGCCGAACAACGAGACUCCGACCCUUGUGCCUCGCGUUUUGCGCUGUUCUUCGUCACGCAUGAAUUGCCUCUCGUUCGCGGCGACGCUUUUUGUCGUCGACGUCGAUACACAGACUAAUCACGGGGUCAUUCCCGUCGGUGAUAUCGCGCGUGCAUGCCAUAAAUCAAAGCCAACUGCCAAAACGCCAGUUACGCGGCCGAAGCUGCUUUCUCGUCAAGCGAUCCGGUGGUCGUACUUCGAAUUUCACGCGAAACGAGCGUCGCCUUCCGCUUGCAUCGUCUCGAGACGGUCGUUUCCAAGGAUAGUCACGAGAAGUUCGACGUUAAUUCUAUCUUUACAAAUGCGACGUUUCCGCGCCACCGUAAUCCCCACUCCAGCCAUUAAUCGCCAAUAACGUGCGUUCCUUCUUCGCAGAUGGAGCAUUCGUGGAGGAUCGUUUCGACUUUUUAUAACUUUUUGAGUAGGAUACGUACGGAGUGCUUGAUACGCUGUGAUUAAUCGUACGAGAGCGUAUAAAAUCGUACGAUCGAUUGGAUAUAGUCGAGCGAAUCAGCGAUUCCUUCUUGGACGUCUAAUCGUUGGAAAGGAACUCGGAACCCGAUCGCGAAUGAUUCGAAUUGAAAUUGCCGAGUGAAAGCGUGGACUUAUCGAGACCCCGACGAAAAUAACGAUAAAGCGUGAUACGAUAGUAUUUGAGAAAGUAAAACGUGUAGACGUUGUUAUCGAGCAUUGUGUUUUUAGUCCUUGAGGUACUAAAAUUGUUUGCAGCCACCUGUCCAGUGCCAUAAUUUUUCCUAUUAUUUCAUAGAAACGCAAAAGAUCAUCCGUAUUCUUUGACUCUGUUGUCUAAAAUUCGAUGUAUCGUUUUCCGUUCAUUCUAUUUCUACUAUAUCAUACAUUUAGAUAUCGUCAAGUGCCAAAAAGCAAGAAGAAAAAAAAAGAACGCGAAGUAGAGCGCUAACUAUAAAAAUUGUCUCGCGAUCCGAAGCGAGAGCAAGUUCCUCGACGCGAAAACGCUUUAGACGUCUAAUCGUAAGCUUCGAGGCGGACCUAGAUUUUGGCGGUUUGCUUUCCAACUAAAAACAAAAAAAAAGAAAAAAAAAUGAAAAAAAAAUCGACUUAGGCUAGUGUAAGGAAGUAGGAAGAGCUAAGGAGACAAGAGCCUGUCGGUGUAACCUCGUAUGCGUCGACUCGUAUGCGGCCGCACUGAUUUUGUACAUUUGAUUUUUCGGAUCUUUGAGGGUUAGUGCCUUUUUGAAUAUCCCUAGCCGUGACGUCGUGUUAUCAUCUCACGCCCGACAGAAGGAAUGAGAAAGCCAUCGAUAUAAAUACGACUGUACAGGGCAUUCAUGCUGAAGAGAACGAUGUGUGCGCGUGCGACCUUCUUUUCCUCCUUUUGUAAUUUCUUUCUUCUCUGACAAGAAAAGAAAGGAAAGAAAGAAAGAAAGAAAGAAAGAAAG